AUGGCGAUCGCGCUGCAGGCAAUCCCGGCAGUUGUCAUCUUGCUGACCAUGCCUUUCCUGCCGCGCUCUCCAAGGUGGCUGGUACAGCAGGGACGAUUGUCAGAGGCCAGCGAGGCUCUGACACUCCUCCGCGGGAGCCAGACGGCCGAGAAGGAGCUUGCAGAAAUCGUCGAGGAGUUCAAGGCAGAGUGUGCCGUCGACAGUGGAAGCUGGGGCGAGGUCUUUAGCGGACGGAUGGCACUCCUCGUGGGCAUUGGGGCGUCCCUGCAGAUGCUACAACAGCUGGUGGGGAUGAAUGCUUUCAUGUACUUCGGCCCCCGGGUGUUCAAGCAUAUGAACUUGGAUGCCAAUCUCUUCCAGACGAUCGCCAACGCAACAAACAUGGUCUUCACACUCCCGGCGCUCUAUUUCAUCGAGAAGACUGGACGUCGAUCCCUCUUCAUUGCUGGUGCGCUGGGAAUGGCAGUGUCCAACUUUGCUCUCGGCUUCCUUGGACUCUACGGCACCACAGGCAGUGGUGAGAACAUUGAACCUUCCUCGCCGCUGGUGGGCGCGGUGCUGGCAGCGAUGGUCCUAUGCUUCAUCGCAAGCUUUGCUAGCACCUGGGGUCCUGCGGUUUGGGUCUACUGCGCAGAGAUGUUCCCCCUUCGGCACCGGGCCCAAUGUGUGGGAGUGACGACCAUGACCAACUGGGUCGGCAACUUCCUCAUAGCUCAGUUCUCUCCAAUCCUAAUGACAGCGAUUGGAUUUGGGACUUUCCUCCUCUUUGGUGCUUUUUGCAUUGUGGCGCUUGCUCUGGGCAUCUGGCUGCCGGAGACUCGCGGCGUGCCACUGGAACAGAUUGGGACCUGCUUCGACGAACGCUUUGGUCUGGUGGAGGGCAAGGAAGACACGGAAGGCUACGGCGCCGUUUCAAAGAGGCUUUAG